AUGAAAACCAGUAUGUCUUCUGGAAAAGACAACACAGAGACCUUAACCGAACCAUCGUCUCAAAGCGAUACGCUCGAUAAAUUCAUCACUAUUCUCAAUCGCGAAGACCGCUUCAAUCUCCUGAACGACCCUACUGUCCAGGAAGGUAACCUCGAUAACGAGAUCCAUCCAAUCUUCCACCAUGCACAUUUUCUGGGGCAAACCCCACACAUCAAGCAAGCACUCCAGCUAGCAUCGCUGUAUCUUACGACACCUUCACUUCUCAUAUUCUAUCUACCGCUUACAUUCGGAAUAUUCCACAAGGACAACGACGGCAAAUUAUAUCGAACCUACACCAAAAGCUCAGACGUCAGCCGCGCCCACGAGCUAGAAAUCAUCCAAGCCGCCAUGACCUGCCUCUCCCACUCCCUCCAAUGGGAAUGGAAGACCUUCCACGAAGACAGGAAAUGGGGAAGCACACAGCACUUCAAGAACGUGCCUACCGUCCACACAGAUGCGUGCCCCGUCUACGACGACGGCGAGGAGAAAACUUUCUUCAUGCCGAACACAGGCACGCACAUCGCGCUGGACAAGGGCAUGCUGGAAUUCUACAAGGACGAGGAAUCAGGCUAUGUGACACGCUCCCGCUGCGAGCAAUUCCGCCACGACUUCCAGCUCGCGAAUGUACUAGGCCAUGAGAUCGCGCACGCGUACGGCGCGAUGUCCCACGGGAAUUUGCGCGAGCCGUGGCUUGGGAGGGAUCAUCCCAGGAACGAGCAGGGCUACGCGUGGGAGAACUACAUGUUCGGCAGCUUGGUUGACCCCACGAAGAAGGUUGCUACUGGGAACUACGUGCAUUUGCACAAGGUGUGGCAGAGCAGGGAGGUGACGCGCAAGUAUUGGGGCUGCGAGUGGACGGCCGUACCCGUAGCGUGGACGGCGCUGUGGUUCCGCAAGGAGACGUGGGAAGAGGUCGAGGAGUAUGGACAUCGGGCGGUGGCACUACCUGAGCCCACGCUCAAGCUUUAUCUUUCCUUGGGACUGGAUCGCUUCGUUGUGUUUACGGACGAUGAGGAGGCGCGCGAGGAUCUCGAAUGGGGGAGGGAUAGCGCUGGUUUGAGCUACUUGUUCUCCAAGGGAGGUGUCGAUGCGAUUCCUAGUAAAGCUGUGAGUCGAGCUAUGUGGAUGCCUUUGAGUGAGUUGGCUAAGGAGCCGCUUGUGCCUACACCGCAGCGUCGCUUCGACGAAGCACUGGUGAGUGAGCGGCAGUAUCUUCGCAAUGCUCAAGAUCGAGACCAUGCCAUUUACAUGGCAAUGAGAGCAGUCAACAACAACCUCACGAAGCCGGAUGUGAUCUCGAUCGCAGCCGGUGUCAAGGCGUCUCGUAGAGGUGCGGGUAGGCUUAGGCCAGUACGGCCUUCGAAGAAGUGUUCCGUAGCAGCUGGGCCGAUGACUUCGAGUAGCAGUGAAGCGAGCCCAAACAAGUUUGCGGAGGGCUUCUCAGACAUACCUCCUGAGGAGUUUUUGUCCGAGAAGUACAUUGGAUAUCGGCCAGAGUUUUACAACACUAGACCUUCACGGCAGCCAUUGCUUGCUGCAUCGCCGUCAGUCCAUAACCGAGGUAAGCGGUUGCGAGACUCUGACAAUCCAGAUUCACUCCCGCGAAGCAAGAAGCUACGACGAGACUGCUGA